AUGGCAGCUGUGACGACCGACCUUUGGCCAUCGAUGUCCAACCUGCUCGCUAUUCCCUGGAAGCAGGUAGGACGAACCCCGACGACCACCCCUCACGAGACCAUUCAAAGAACCCCUUCCCAGGAACAGAUUGCGGUGACAAAUGAACGUAUCUUGUUGCCGGAGUUCUUGAACUCCGUGUCCUUGAGUGGAUUACAGGCCGACAUCGUCAACCAGCCUGCCCGGCACGGCUUGUCUCCGCUCUUGAUCGGUGCAAAUUCACUUUGGAACUCAACUACCUCGGCCCGUGGCCCCUCUUCCCAGACAGCUCGGUCCUUUUCAACCAUGACACCCUUCCGCCUCCAGACCCUCCGUGUGGCUACCAAGGUCAAUGGAUUGUCUAAGCUCCAACAGCAACGUUUCUUGUUCGGCGGCCCUUCGCAGACCAUUCUGGCGCAGAAAGAGAAAACCGCAAACAACAACCCAAACAGCGCGAACGCCCAAAAUGCAUUCUACCAGGCCCUCUUACGUGCGAACAUGCCCGCAAUUGUCGUGGAACGGUUCCGGACAGCUCAAUUUGCGAGCAACGCGGCAACCGAGGCAAUUUACAGCAAAGCAUUGGAGCGAAUUGGCACUGACCCGACUCUGGCUGGACAAAACCAAAACCUUUCAUCCGAGCAGCUCCAGGCCGUUGGCCAAGCGGUCGCUGCGCGGAGCGGUGGAGGCCAAGUUGGCGUGGCUAAGAGAGGUACUGGGGCUAAGGAAGCUCCUCUCUACGUCGUAGUCGACGAGUCCAUGGGUAGCGCAGUCUUCCGCUGGGUCAAGUUCUUCUUGUUCUUUGGAUUCUUCACCUAUGUCUCUCUGGUCCUAAUUACUAUUCUUAUUGAAACUACUGGUGUCUUGAAAAACAUCCGAGGCUCGCAAAACAAUGAAGCGCAACCAGAGCAGCAGACUGUUCGGUUCAGCGAUGUUCACGGUUGCGACGAGGCCAAGGACGAACUCCAGGAGCUUGUGGAGUUCCUGCUCAAUCCUGAUCGGUUCUCUUCUUUGGGUGGUAAGCUUCCCAAGGGUGUUCUUCUAGUCGGUCCUCCUGGUACUGGUAAAACUUUGCUCGCCCGUGCGGUGGCGGGAGAAGCUGGUGUUCCCUUCUUCUACAUGUCCGGCUCCGAAUUCGACGAGGUCUACGUGGGUGUUGGUGCCAAGCGUGUCCGUGACCUCUUCACCCAAGCCCGUGGUAAAUCUCCUGCAAUCAUCUUUAUCGACGAGCUCGACGCGAUUGGUGCAAAGAGAAACGAACGCGAUGCUGCCUAUGUUAAGCAGACCUUGAACCAGCUGCUUACAGAACUUGAUGGUUUCUCCCAGACUAGUGGUGUUAUCAUCAUCGGUGCUACCAACUACCCUCAGCUAUUGGACAAGGCACUGACCCGUCCUGGUCGUUUCGAUCGCAAGGUGGUGGUGGGACUCCCUGACGUUCGUGGACGCAUGGAUAUCCUGAAGCAUCACAUGAAGGAUGUUCAGAUCAGCACUGAUGUCGAUACCGCUGUGAUCGCUCGGGGGACUCCUGGUUUCUCCGGCGCCGACCUCGAGAACCUGGUUAACCAGGCUGCUAUUCAUGCUAGUCGUGACCGUAAACUCAAGGUCGGUCCUUUGGACUUCGACUGGGCCAAGGACAAAAUCAUGAUGGGCGCCGAGUCUCGGAGCCGUUUCAUUCAAGACAAAGACAAGCUUCUGACAGCUUACCACGAGGCUGGCCAUGCCCUGGUUGCCUAUUUCUCGUCAUCCGCUACUCCCCUCUAUAAGAUCACAAUCGUUCCUCGUGGCAUGGCUUUGGGUGUUACUCAUUUCUUGCCAGAGAUGGAUGCCGUCUCGCGAAACUAUACAGAGUAUCUGUCUGAUAUUGCCGUUGCCAUGGGUGGCAAGGCUGCCGAGGAGCUAAUCUUCGGCGAAGACAACGUCACUAGUGGUAUCUCCGCUGAUAUCCAAUCGGCGACAGAAACCGCGUUCACAUUGGUCACUCGCUUUGGAUACUCCAAGAAGCUAGGCAAUGUCGAUCUGUCAACCAACUACGACAGCCUCUCAUCCGAGACCAAGCAAGAGAUCGAGAGCGAAGUGCGCCGUCUCGUCGAGGAGGCCCGCGCCCGUGCCGAAAAGAUCCUCACUGAGAAGCGGAAGGAACUCGAGCUGCUCACCAAAGCUCUGAUCGAGUAUGAGACGCUGACCAAGGACGAAAUGGAGAAAGUGCUCCGAGGGGAGAAGUUGGACAAGCUCGCUUCAUUGCCCAGUGCACCAAUAAAGCUGCCCGACUCUUUGUCGACGGCCAAUCUGAAACCGUCUACUGCAGCUGGUAGCACCCCCACCGCAACCGAGUAA